GCGGGGACGCCGCCGACGCCAUCCGCGGGUACCUCAGCCACAAGGUCGACUCGCUGCAACUCAGAGACACAGGUUCCGAAGUCCCAUUCGAGUGUCGCGGCGCGGGGCAUCACACAAAUGUUCAGUGAGCGACGCGAACCACUAAAGAGAAGCAGGGAAGGAACGUUUGCCUCGAUACCGUACUUAUUAACAUGGUUACAAACUCUUCACAAGAAUAAAACUUUGUAUUAGGCAGCAACGGAAAAACGCAAAGAUGGCGGAGGGCCCACAGACAAUAUGGCAAAGGAUCGACAACUCCACGAUCCCCAUGAUUAAUUUAGAGGUGCGGGAGGUGCGCGAGAUCCUCUGGGAGAAGAUAAAGGAGCCGACGUCGCAGAGGAAGAUCAUCCUGGUGAUCGUGUCGAUCGCGCUGCUGCUGGACAACAUGCUGUACAUGGUGAUAGUGCCCAUCAUCCCGGACUACUUGCGGUACAUCGGCGCGUGGGGCGAGGCGGGAAUGGACCACGUCGUUACGCUGCCCCCUAUCAAGGAGGGCAACAGGACUAUAAUUCCGACGCAGAUUAUACCGGCGUCCCACGAGGGCCAGGACUCGGCGACCGGCAUCCUCUUUGCCUCGAAAGCUAUAGUUCAACUUAUGAUAAACCCAUUCUCCGGUGCCUUAAUCGACCGCAUAGGUUACGACAUACCUAUGAUGAUUGGUCUUAUUAUAAUGUUUCUUUCCACUUCGAUAUUCGCUUGUGGUCGAAGUUACGGUAUGUUAUUCUUCGCGAGGAGUCUCCAGGGCGUCGGUUCAGCGUUUGCUGAUACCUCCGGCCUGGCCAUGAUUGCCGACCGGUUCACCGAAGAGGCGGAGCGCUCCAAGGCCCUGGGUAUCGCGCUUGCCUUCAUCAGCUUCGGCUGCCUCGUCGCACCCCCAUUUGGUGGAGCUCUGUACCAAUUCGCCGGGAAGGAGGUGCCAUUUUUAAUUCUCGCGCUGAUAUCUUUGAUGGACGGGUUUAUGUUAUUGCUUGUUAUGAAGCCUUUGAAAACCCAAAUGAAGGAGGCGAACGAGCCGAAGCCGAACGGGACGCCGAUUUGGAAACUUCUAAUGGAUCCCUACAUCGCGGUGUGCGCCGGCGCCCUCAUGAUGUCUAAUGUGGCGCUCGCAUUCUUGGAGCCGACUAUUUCGCUGUGGAUGGAAGAUAAUCUCACCAAAGAGAACUGGAAGAUCGGCAUGAUAUGGCUGCCGGCAUUCUUCCCGCACGUCCUUGGAGUUAUAAUAACAGUUAAGAUGGCGAGAAAAUAUCCCCAGCAACAGUGGCUAAUGGCCGCCGGCGGCCUGGCGCUAGAGGGCUUGUGCUGCUUCAUUAUACCUUUUGCAACAUCCUACAAGAUGUUGAUGAUACCUAUUUGUGGGAUCUGUUUUGGGAUUGCUCUGAUCGACACCGCCCUGUUGCCCACGCUCGGCUACCUGGUCGACGUGCGGUACGUCUCUGUCUAUGGUAGCAUCUACGCCAUCGCCGACAUAUCGUACUCCUUCGCUUACGCCGUCGGUCCCAUUAUAGCAGGAGAAGUUGUGGAAAUGAUCGGCUUCACGGCUUUAAAUCUCUUCAUCGCCUUCAGCAACCUCCUGUAUGCGCCCGUUCUGAUGUACCUGCGGCACAUCUAUGACUUCAAGCCGUUUGAAAACGAGGCCAACAUACUGAUGUCCGACCCGCCGGACAAGGAGUACCAGACGUACAGUAUGCAGGACCAAAAGCCGGUCAACGGGGAAUUUAAGAACCACCUGGAGUACUCCAACAUGUCCGGGCAAAUUGAGCCGGUGCAGGAGUCGAACGUCGACAUAAGCACGGCCGGGGAGCAUUACCAGGGCUACCAGAACUACGGUCAGGGCUACGAACAGCAGCAAGGACCGCCGCAGCACACCACCGCCCCACGCCAGCUGCCUGCACAGCCGCAACCCUCACCAAGCAACCCCUUCCGUGCCGCCUCCGUGCCCGCGCAGCCGGCACAGCAAGCGCCCGCUGCACCCGCCCCUGGCCCGGUCCGGAAUCCCUUCCGACAGGGCUUCUAGAUUGUUUUAAUUCGGUGUUGUUGUCUGUAAUUUAAAUUUACUUGUUGUGUAUUUAUAAAUGUGUAAUAGUUGAUGUUUACUCAUAUAUACUUCGAUCACUGAGCCGCACUCGCCGGCCGCCGGCCGCCGUCGCUUAGUCCGACUACAUGUUUAUCAUAUUUCGCUUCUUAUCAUAUAACGCCGACGACUGUUUACAAAAUGACGGCAAUGCACCGACACACAAUAUAACAGGAUAACUGAUUACGAACUACAUGUAAUGUUUCACAAAACUAUAAAGUUUCAAUAUGAACAUUAAGUACAUAUGUACACGUACAAGUGAAGUAGUUGUCGUCGUUUUGUGCGCAGCCGCGACGAGUUUCUUGUUGACAUUGUAUCGUUCAAGUACGACUACAUAUAUUAAAACUGUUGGUUAUGCCUUCUCAUAGUUAUAUUCGAUAUAAAAAUAUAUAAGACUCUUUGGAAAAAGUUAUAUUGAAUUACAUAUUUAAACUUUUAAUGAUUAUAUAUUAGGAUUAUACGCGACGUCAAAUGUGAAUUUUGACUCAUGUGAAAAUAUGUCACUGUAAAAACUGUCUAAGACAAAUGUAUGUAUGUUUGUAUGUAAUAUGGGGCAAGCAUAGCACUCUGUAGAUGCCACUCUAAGGCACACACGUGUAAGGCCUA